UAAUAAAGCAGCUAGCUAAAAAGCAAGCACAUUGCUAGUGCACAAAACCAGAAACUUCUCUCUUCUUUGAUCUCUGUGCUUUUCCACCAUAAAUAUCUAAGAGAGAUUGAGAAAAAAGUGUUUGAAUUUAGAUUCUUCUUCCCAAAAGAAACAAAACCCAUUUGCCAAAAAACAAUUUUUUCUCCACAGACGAGCAAAAUGGGAGGUUCCAAAAUCUGCAAACCACCAUUUUCCUUCACUUUCCUGCUCUUUCUCACUCUCUCAUGGACUACCCAAACGACCCAUUUCGUCUCCGGUCAACAGCAACAACAACAACAACCCAUCAAAACCAUUGUCGUUUUGGUGAUGGAGAACCGCUCCUUCGAUCACAUGCUGGGGUGGAUGAAGAAAUCCGUGAACCCAAACAUCAAUGGCGUCACUGGUGAAGAAUGCAAUCCCGUUUCCACCAAAACCCAGAAACCCGGAACGAUUUGCUUCACCGACGAUGCCGAGUUCGUCGAUCCGGAUCCCGGGCACUCUUUCGAGGCCGUUGAGCAACAGGUAUUUGGCUCUGCUUCAGUUCCCUCCAUGACUGGUUUUGUUGAGCAAGCUUUGUCCAUGUCUCCCAACCUCUCGGAAACUGUCAUGAAAGGAUUUAGACCCGGAUCCGUACCCGUUUACGAGGCUUUAGUCCGAGAAUUUGCUGUUUUCGAUAGAUGGUUUUCUUCCAUUCCCGGUCCAACACAACCCAAUAGGCUAUUUGUUUACUCCGCAACUUCUCAUGGCUCAACAAGCCAUGUCAAGAAGCAAUUGGCUCAAGGGUACCCACAAAAGACCAUAUUUGAUUCUGUUCAUGAGAAUGGUUUGGACUUUGGGAUUUACUUUCAGAACAUACCCACAACCUUGUUUUAUAGGAAUUUGAGGAAACUGAAGUACAUUUUUAAGUUUCAUCAGCUUGAUUUGAAGUUUAAGAAGGAUGCUAGGAAUGGGAAGCUCCCAAGCUUGACCGUGAUUGAGCCGAGAUACUUUGAUCUCAAGGGCUUGCCGGCGAACGACGAUCAUCCGUCUCAUGAUGUUGCCAAUGGGCAGAAGUUGGUUAAGGAGGUUUAUGAGACGUUGCGGGCGAGUCCUCAGUGGAAUGAGACGCUUUUGGUGAUUACUUAUGAUGAACAUGGUGGAUUCUUUGACCAUGUCAAGACUCCUUAUGUCAAUGUUCCUAGCCCGGAUGGGAACACUGGCCCUGCGCCCUCUUUCUUCAAGUUUGAUAGGCUCGGAGUUCGUGUGCCGACGAUUAUGGUCUCUCCUUGGAUCAAGAAAGGGACUGUUGUAAGUGGCCCAAAGGGACCAACACCAGAUUCACAGUUCGAGCAUUCUUCAAUUCCUGCCACCAUCAAGAAGAUGUUCAACCUCCGCUCUAACUUCUUGACGCACAGAGAUGCAUGGGCCGGGACAUUCGAAAAUGUCGUUAGCGAAUUGACUUCUCCCAGAACUGACUGCCCUGAGACAUUGCCGGAUGUGACACCUCUGAGGACCACAGAAGCGAAAGAAAACAGUGGAUUAUCCGAGUUCCAAGGCGAGGUAGUACAGCUGGCUGCGGUUCUCAAUGGUGACCACUUCUUGAGCAGCUUCCCGGACGAAAUGAGCAAGAAGAUGAGCGUGAAGGAAGCUCAUGAGUAUGCGAAAGGUGCGGUUUCGAGGUUCAUAAGAGCAAGCAAGGAGGCCAUCAAGUUGGGGGCAGAUGAGUCAGCAAUUGUAGAUAUGAGAUCAUCACUCACAACCAGAUCCUCCAUCCACAACUGAAAUUGGAUCUUUCAACCUUCAUAUUUAUAUACCACAUAUGUUAGGUGAUGGUGUCCCUUAUAAGAGAGUUUAGGUAUUUGUGUAUUCUUAUUGAAAAUGUGAUGGUUUGCAAUAAAAGUCGAGCAAAGUAAGCGGGUUGGAGAGCUUUAUUCUUGGUUA